UCGAAUCCUAUUGUAAUAACAAAAGACUUCGAUCGGGAUACUUUGAAGUUUGUCGAAGAGCACAAAGCUCAAGUGAAAGAAGGUCCAGCAAAUAUCGUCGAAGUGAAGGCUACGGUAUCGAGUCCGGAUAGAAAAAUGGACCAUUCACUAAACAAAGCCGUCAACUCUGAGUUGGAUCGAGCUAUUCCUCUGGUUUUGAACAGGAUGCAGGGUCCCAUGGGAAAUCUUGAUGACGACGAUCUGAGAAAGGAGCUUGAGCAGGCGUUGGUAGACGAACUUGCCAAAAAUCUUGGCGAGACUAUUGAUCAGAUGGGCACCAGUAGCAUUGACGACGACGAUCUCGGAAAGCUCAUAGAGAGAGAGUUCUCGGUAAUGAAGCAAUACUUUCAGACUCAACCACCAAUGCACAGAGAGCCAUCAAGUAGGAAAACGUCACCACCACGAACGACUACAUCAACUCGUCCGACCACCACAUCAGUCCACAUUACCCCAGAAGCCACCACUGAGUGGUGGAUGACCACAACUCAUCCCACAACUACGAAAACUACAACUCGUCGAACUACUACGGCAGCAAGAACAUGGACAACCCCCUCGUCGACGACAACAUCGACAAGCGCAACGACCCAUCCCACAAAGACAACUCGUCCAACUACAACUAAGCCAUGGUGGAUGUCGACUACACCUCAUACUGCUACCACAACUCGUCCCACUACCACUGAACCGUGGUGGAUGUCGACUACACCUCAUGCUGCUACAACAUCCCGUCCAACAACUGUCAAACCCGAAGCAAUGACUACUCCAUGGUGGAUGUCUACAUCUCCUCCAACGACAAGUACAACUCGUCCUGUAACCACCACAUCACGCCCGACUACCACCCCUCCGUGGUGGAUGGUUACAACUUCUUCUGAGGUGACAACAUCUCGCCCGACAACUACAACUCGGACAGCCCCUUGGUGGAUGUCAACUAGUCCUUCAACCACCAGAACAACUCGUCCAUCAUCUACAACACAAUGGUGGAUGACCACGACUCCUCCUGUUGAUGUGGUAACUCGUCCAACAGCUGCUGCAACUGAGACCUGGACCACUCCGUGGUGGAUGGCCUCUCCUUCGACGACAGUCAGUACAACACAACCUACCACAAGAACUCGUCCAACGACCACCACACCUCGCUCCUCGCCCACUACAUCCCGUGCAACAACCGCUGAAGCUCGUCCGACGACCACCACAGCUCGACCAACGACUACCACACCUACUCCUAUGACAACUACGUCUCAGCCAUCGACCACUGUAACGACCGAAGCAACUCGUCCGCGGGCUACUACCUCCCGUGCAACAACCGCAUCAAUUCGUCCAACACAAACCACCUCAGCAACUAUUAGUCUGGUCCCAGAAUCUUCUGCGACAACGCUUCCUCCUUGGAGACCUACAACAACAACCACACGAUCCGUUGUAUUCUUUACGACAACAUCUGCUCCCGGACGAUGGAGAACAACGGAGGUCACAUUCAGAACGGUUCCUCUACAUGAACAGGUAAGGCGUAGGACUUUCGUACUGGGCAACAUUACAAUCGCUCCAACAAGGACAUUUUAUGAAUCAUUUCAACCUUGUCCGACUGUCAACGACCCAUCCGACACCAACCGGACCGAUGUGCUGUUCUUGUUGGAUUCGUCUAAUGCCUUUAAUCAACAGAAAUUUAUGCAUGCAAUUAAACUCAUCAUCGAAACAGUUUCGCAAUUCCGAAAUAUUGGACCCAAUGGUACUCAGGUCUCUUUGGUGCAGUUCAAUACUGAACCAUAUCUGGAAUUUUCGCUCAGGAAGCAUAAUUGCAAGCAAUGGCUGAUCGACGACAUCGCAGACACAGACUAUAUGCAGGGUGGCAGUAUGCUCGGCAAAGCAGUUGAGAAGGUGUCUCGUUUCGCCUUCACUAAGAAUCGGGGAGAUCGUCCAGAUGCCGAGAACGUCUUAGUCAUAUUGACGGAUGGACAAUCGGACGACCGAAUUCAAGAGCCAGUCGCCAAAAAACAUAACUUGACCGUCCUUGUCAUUGCUACUCUCGAGGCGAAUCCGUACUGGCCAUUUUUGAAGUCUCAACGUUUAGUUGUCUGUUACAGCUUCGGUGCCGAUAGUUCCAACCGUUUCUUCGCCAUCCUCGAUUUCAAUGGACGCUCAGCGCCUGGUUCAAUUGCAGUGUUCACCACUUGGGUUCAAGGUAAGCAGAAGGACGUCAAAAGGCAAAACAAAGUCAGAAAUCAACAAAUAGUACCUACUGUACUUCAGAUCAGCCUAAACGUGCCACCAGGCUAUGAGGGUGUGGCUGUGGUCAAAGGACAAGAGGAUAAAGAAGAAUGCACAAAGCCUAUUUGGUGUGAUUCCAGCUCUGACUCCAUCGAAAGGGCUGAUUUCCAGGUACAACCACCUGGAACCAACUACACGUUGAUCCUGCAUCUCAAACACAGCGUUCCCCUGGUGACUGGUGGGGAUAGAGCGUAUCUUUUGCAAUGCUAUAUCGGGAAACCUUCAGAAGAUCAAGAGCUAACAGCGGAUCUCGGCGUUAUGAAAGGAGAGCUGAUGAUUGCCGAGACGAUCUCAUUGCUGUCAGUACCACCGACAUGCGUCUAUUCGAUUCGAAAAGACUCUGCCGAUGGACCAAUCGUGAAAAAUGCAUACGUCGGCCAAACCGUCUAUCAUCGAUGGGAAUGUGAUGGAGGAGAAGAAGCAAACAACGUCUACGGCAUUCAAAUUCAUGACUGUUUCGCCAGUGACGAUGUUGACAAGAAUUUUCAACGUCAUACAAAAUUCCCAGAUAGCCUUACUGCCUACGCCGAAAGUAAAGCAUUUGCCUUCACGGAAGCGGAUCAGCUCAAGUUUGUUUGCAAGCUCAGUCUGUGCACAAGAGAUGGAGAUGGUUGUGAGGGUGUUACGCCCCCAGUCUGUGGUGGAAAUUCGCCUGAACAGUUGGUCACUCGCAGGAUACGUCAUCAGAAUUCUGCUAUGGAAGGUGCUCUGAGCUCCGCUCUCUCCACUAGAGUAGGCGUAGCGACGAGCAUACCGUCCACACUCAAAGGGCGCCUAACCAACUUGCUUUCAUCUGGAGGCUCAUGGAUAGUUUUAGCUUUACUUGCUAUUAUAGCAACGGUUGGAACCGUAGUACUCUCCCGAUUCGCUCUUUCGUCGCCAUACGCCACCACUACGUGUUCGGAUCCCGAGACGAUGACAUCUCCUCCUACCUCGCCGUUCCCAUCGCUUUUCUCCUCGCCUCCCAUGUCACCCACUCCUCGUGAAAGUGGCCAGUUUUUGAUGAGCUUCCUAAUUUUGUAA